GUAGUCCGUCCUUCUCGGAACCGCAGAUGGCGUGACCGCAGUAGCAGACUGCAUAUCUCGCGUUGCUUCAUUCUUGUCCAGUCGGUACCUCUUGAUGCUGAAGAUGCUGUAGCAGCAGCUUUCAGGCUCAGCAUAUCAUAACACUCUUUUAGUAGAGAAAACGGUGGUUUGACAAGGCUGCGUUAUUUUGACUUACGUUCCGUUUUAUUACAUACCGAGAGUAAAUGUCAGUGGCAAAUACAAAACGGACUAUUCUCAAUCCGACAGUCCCUUUCACUGAGAUUAUACCAAAUGGUCUUCACACAGGAGAGAUGAUUAUUAUACAGGGGUGUGUUCAAAAUAAUGCUGACAGGUUUCAGUUUGAUUUGACAUGUGGCUGCAGUACAAAGCCACGGGCGGAUGUGGCAUUUCACUUUAAUCCACGAUUCAGCAGUUCUCCACGUAUCGUGUGUAACUUCUUGCAUCAUGAAAAUUGGGGAAAAGAAGAAAACGUGGACCUCAUGCCAUUUAAACAAGGAGCGUCAUUUGAGACGAUCAUCAUGGUACUUUGCGAUGUUUUCAAAGUAGCAGUAAAUGGUGUUCAUAUUUUGGAAUAUAAACACAGGAUUCCUCUUGAGAUGGUUAACACGUUUUCAGUAUCUGGAAACGUAGAAGUGCAUGCCAUUGGCUUUAUCCCUGACUCAGUAAGUGACAUACAUUUGUGGUGCAAUAUUUUUACACACCUAAUUUUACUAUUUCAAAUUUGUUAUUACACAGGCAAAUUUUCCAACUCAAGUGACCUAAGCAUACCCUACAAGGGAAGUUUACUUAGAGGAGUCAUUCCUGGACAACAAAUAACAAUCAAAGGGCAUAUCAGCUUAUUCCCUCACAGUUUUACAGUUAAUCUGCGGUGCGGCCAAUCAAACAACAUUGCUCUGCACAUUUACUCACACAUCAAAUCUGGCAAGCUUAUCAGGAACUCUCUUCUCAGCCAGUCAUGGGGUCCAGAGGAACGUGAACUGCCGUACUUUCCCUUUUCAGCUGGAAACUACUUUGAGAUAAUCAUCCUAUGUCAGCUUCAUCAGUUUAAGAUAGCAGUUAAUGGAUCCCAUCUCCUGGAUUACAACCACAGAGUGCAGGACUUAAGCUCCAUUGAUCAACUGGAGAUUCUGGGUGACAUGGAACUGCAACAUGUUCAGUUGUGGUGAGAUAUAAUGCAACAUCUGGAUGUUUAUUUAUUUAUUUCUCCUUCUCGUUUCAGUGUUUCUCAUCCAUGUGUUGUUUUAAAGUAGAUAAAUGUAGUUGUGUUAUAAUAUUUCUUGCCAUUAGCACAGUGGUUCUCAGGGCCUACUCAAAAUAUGCCAUCCGUACCGUGCCCAGGCCUGUUUCCCGGAUCGUUUGAAUCGGGCUCAAGCACGGUUCACUUGGCCGGCCCUG